AUGCUUGGCUUCGUCGUUGGAAAGCGUCCAUCGUGGAAGCGAAACCUUUUGCAAGCGCAGACGAGAUCUGUGAUAGCGCCAGAGACACAUCCAUCCACACCUACACUCACACCCACAACCAUACCCACACACAUAUCCAUAGCACGGCUCAACCACCCUCGACCUAUGCGGGGAGGAGAGAGAUACCGUACCUGGCCCCUCGGUAUAUAUUUCACCGUGGCUCCCAUCCAAGCUCGCAGCCAAGCAGGACUCCUCGUCGUCAGUCUCGGUCUCUGUCUGUUGUCGAUCUCAAGACCAGUCUCAGGCGCCCCGAUCGUCCAUAGGCACCGGCAUCUCCAUCGAAAUGCAGCAGCCCCUGACGACGAACUCUACUCUGUAGGGACACCGAGUGCGGUCGUCACGGAAUCAGUGACGAGCGUCCCCCGAGCCGUGCCCGACGACGGUCCCCCGAUCGUGGGGACGUCGAUGAGACUGUUCUCCUAUCCCGUCGAGACGUCGUAUAUCUCCAAUCCUCUUCGCGAAGAAGAGGAGCAGGAGAAGGCACCCACAGCGGUCUUUGACAAGAUCGCCGACAGGACCCGUCCGCUCGUUCGCAGCUCUGGUGCCGGCGGUGGCAUUCCUCCGCAACCGUACCCGCCGAACAAGUCGAUCGCCUACCAUUAUUCCGGGGUCUCUGACUCGGUUGUUGUCUUCUUUCUCGCCGCCGUCGGCUUCUUCUUUAUCUCUCUGAUCUGGAAUCUGUACGUCCGGUACGGCUGGGCGCGGGACAAGGCCAUGGACACGGACUUGGAUGCUGUGGGAGCCAUGCGGUUGAGAUCCCUGUUUGGAGAGAGUACACCCAAGGCCAAGGGUAGAGGGAACGCUGGCCGCUGCCCGGGGGGCUGGUUGCGCGCAGCUAAUGAGGCGCCCAUAUCUGAUUCUGCCGUCUGA